CAGAUGACGUCUUGGUCUUUUUGAGGGAACCUGAAGAAUGAUUUGAGGAGUUGAUGUCCUCUCUAUCCGACUUUGGAGAACUGUCUAAACAAAACACAGGUGCGUCUCUGAGCUGGUGCGUGUGUUCCUAUGAUGUCACUCUGCAGCCAAAGUCUUCGCCCACUUUGAGACUGCUGUGGGUGUCUGUGUGGGUGGAGCUUACCUCCCCUCCCCCUCCUGGGGGAGUAUUUGUGAGGAGGCGGGUCGGCAGCGGCUCACAGCUCCAGCAGCAUCAGCAGCAGCAUCCUCCUCUUCGUCCUCCUGAGCAGCUGCAGAGCGGCAGGCUGGAGUCCUGGUACUCAUACACUCACUGGUUCCCGAUGGCGUCGGGCCAUGUGAUGAAGGACGACGACGAGCACAUCCCCAGGAUGCAGCCGGCCAUGAUGAUGUUCUCCAGCAAGUACUGGUCGCGGCGCGGGCUGUCGCUGGACUCGGCCAUGUUUGACCAGCAGCAUCAGCGGCAGCGGCACACCGGCGGACAGAUGUCGAGGCGUCCGUCCUUCUGUCCCAUCAACGAGAAGCUGGACAAAGAGGGCGCCGAGGAUUCUGGGAAAACAGCGGUGGUGUUUUCUCUGAAGAACGAGGUCGGCUGUCUGGUCAAAGCUCUCAGACUGUUUCAGGAGAAGCAUGUGAACCUGAACCACAUCGAGUCUCGGAUGUCGAAGCGAGUUCCUAACGAGGUGGAGAUCUUUGCAGACUGCAGCUGCAGCAAGAAAGAAUUCAACGAGCUGCUGGAGCACCUCAAAGACCACGUGAACAUCGUGUCCUUCAAUACGCCAGCACAUGUGUGGUGUGUCGAAGCAGAUGAAGACGAGGUUCCCUGGUUUCCCAUGAAGAUCUCUGAGUUGGAUCAGUGCUCUCACAGAGUGCUGAUGUACGGGUCCGAGCUAGACGCCGACCAUCCCGGGUUUAAAGAUAAUGUUUAUCGCCAGCGCAGGAAGUACUUUGUGGAAGUGGCCAUGAAUUAUAAGUUUGGGCAGCCCAUCCCUCGUAUCGAGUACACGGAGGAGGAGGUGAGGACGUGGGGCGUGGUGUUCAGAGAGCUGACCAAACUGUACCCGACUCACGCCUGCAAAGAGUACCUGAAGAACCUACCGCUGCUCACUAAGCACUGUGGCUACAGAGAGGACAACAUCCCGCAGCUGGAGGACGUCUCACUCUUCCUCAGAGAGCGCUCUGGCUUCACCGUUCGCCCGGUGGCGGGUUAUCUGUCUCCCAGAGACUUCCUGGCUGGUUUGGCCUACAGAGUCUUCAACUGCACUCAGUACGUCCGGCACAGCACCGACCCGCUCUACACCCCCGAGCCAGAUACGUGUCACGAGCUGCUGGGUCACGUCCCCCUGCUGGCUGAUCCAAAGUUCGCCCAGUUUUCUCAGGAGAUCGGUCUGGCCUCGCUGGGAGCGUCUGACGAGGACGUUCAGAAACUCGCCACAUGUUAUUUCUUCACCAUCGAGUUCGGACUGUGCAAACAGGACGGUCAGCUGAGAGCUUAUGGAGCCGGUUUACUGUCGUCUAUUGGAGAGCUGAGGCAUGCCCUGUCUGAAAAGGCAUGUGUGAAGAUGUUUGACCCGAAGACGACCUGUAACCAGGAGUGUCUCAUCACCACCUUCCAGGAGGUUUACUUCGUGUCGGAGAGCUUCGAGGAGGCCAAGGAGAAGAUGAGAGAGUUUGCAAAGACAAUAAAGCGCCCGUUCUCUGUGUACUACAACCCGUACACUCAGAGCGUCGACCUGCUCAAAGACACCCGCAGCAUCGAGGACGUGGUGCAGGACCUGCGCAGCGACCUCACCACCGUCUGCGACGCCUUGGAGAAGAUGAACACCUACAUGGGCAUCUGAAGCUGGGGAUGCACCACCAAGCUUCUGCAGAACAUCAGCCGCCAUCACGCAUCCAUCUACGCCUCUGAGUCCAAUGUAGCAACCACAGGAAGUUAUCAGCUCUCAUACCGGCUCAUAGUCUGUAUCACAGCACUACGAAUCCAUCAAUGACGACUUACUGAUCAGCUCAAAGGUUACCGAGACCCUGCCCAAGCAGCUGCAGGUGUUUCCUCAUGAAGGCAGAUCCAGGACGAGGCCCACUCCCUGUAAGGCUCCCCACGCCGAUCCAAAGCUGCGUUCACACGAACCACAGAGCAAAGUUUCACCUCGCUGCGUGCAGCAUUCACGUCCCCCCGUCGCUCCAUUUGACCACCUGCAAAGAGUCAAAGGCCUGUUUUUGACACUUUCAAACCAUUUAAGUUCAUCUGAAUCCCGUCUCGUUCGCUGCAUUUCCGGCUGAACCGCUGCAAAGCAUGGCAGCGGUUAGCUCAAUACAAUCAACUCAUCAGAGCAGCAGGUCGUGAGUAAGAAGGAUGUCCAAUAAGACCCUCGCACGUUGACUCACCUCUUUCAAAACCCCCUUCAGCCGACCCGCAGUCCAUCGUAAAAAUUAACUUUCUGUAAUUUUUCACCUCAAAGACCUGUUUCUCCUUUACGUUGGCGCCAAACUGCACAGGCUACCAUGGCACUUACUCAGCUGUGUGAUGGAUCCACAGUUCAGCUCAAAGUGAACAAGAAGAGAAAUCGUGCGACUCCCGCCUCAUUCACACUGCGAUUCCUCUGGCGUCCGUCUGAGCUCUCGCCAUACUUCCUGUCAGCAGGAUCGAGUGAAUACAUUGUUUAUUGCAUCAAAGCGCAUUCGCCUCUCUUCGUGUUGCGUCGUUUUCGAUGUCAUGGCGUGAAAGCUUCCCUUCGUGUUUGGUGUGAACGCUCCAUCUGAAGGUCCUCCCCUCUGAUGAGCUUUGAGCAUCGAGGUCACGUGACUAUAGAGCAUCAAUGAGUCAUGUGAUCUGACUGUGGAGGGGAAGAGUUUGUGUGAUCUGUGGACUAAACAGGCGGCGCUCUCAGCCUUUGCUGACUGGCCGUGGCUGACUGAACUUCCUGUGCUGCUGUGUUGUUUCUGUACACACCUGUAAAUGAUGAACCAUUAAAGCU